CGCGCCUCUCCGUGCCGGCCGCGCGCCCCUUCACCGCGGCCCAAGGCAAAGGCGCCGUCGCCGUCCGCCUCGUCCCAGGCCGGCUGAGCUACCCCCUCACCCUAGCCCCCCGCCCCGCUCACAUCCCGCGCCCGAGCAGCGGCUAGAGCCCGGCGGGCCGAGCCGAGCGGGGAGAUGAACACGGUGCUGUCCCGGGCCAACUCGCUCUUCGCCUUCUCGCUGAGCGUGAUGGCGGCUCUCACCUUCGGCUGCUUCAUCACCACCGCCUUCAAGGAGCGCAGCGUGCCCGUCAGCAUCGCUAUCUCCCGAGUCACGCUCAAAAAUGUGGAAGAUUUCACUGGACCUAGAGAAAGAAGUGAUCUGGGAUUCGUCACGUUUGACAUUACUGCAGAUCUGCAGAGUAUAUUUGACUGGAAUGUUAAACAAUUGUUUCUAUAUUUGUCUGCAGAAUAUUCAACAAAAAACAAUGCUCUGAACCAAGUGGUCCUUUGGGACAAGAUCAUGUUGAGAGGAGAUAAUCCAAGACUGUUCUUAAAAGACAUGAAGUCGAAGUACUUUUUCUUUGAUGAUGGAAAUGGUCUCAAGGGAAACAGGAAUGUCACUUUGACUCUCUCCUGGAAUGUUGUACCAAAUGCCGGCAUUCUACCUCUUGUGACAGGGUCAGGACAUGUGUCUGUACCUUUCCCAGAUACCUAUGAAACAACAAAAAGUUAUUAAAUUAUGAUACUGAAGCAACAUAUUUUUAUACUUGUAUAUUGUGAAUAAAUUUUAUUGCAAUUUCUUCUCACAUCCCAUGCCACCCUCCAGUGAAAGGUACUUAAUUUCCUCAGGUCUAACAGCAUAGGAAAAGGAAAUAAAAGUUCAAUUUUUUUUUAAUAAAACAUUGAAGCUGAAACUGAAAGGAAAGGUAAAUUAUGAAGUAAUGGUUUUGGGGGGGAAACUGAGGAAUUUUUUUUUUCUUGGCCAUCUGGGUAUAAAUCUACCUUUCUUUUAAAUAAACAUUUUUACA